CACCGCGGCACCCCCGCCCCCGCGGCCCGUGCGCGCGAGUCCGGGCGGGGCGCGGGUCACGUGCCCGCGGGCUUGGGGCCUCGUGGAGGGUGUGUGGCGGGGGGCAGGGAGCCUCCUCGUGACUCAGGGCCUUUGGGUUUAAAGGCGCCGCGGCCCUCCGGGGGCGGCUGGGGGGGACCUCCACGCUGCGCUGCAGACUCCCGGAAACCUCGAGCCUCUGUCCAGGUGGGCGCUGACCGCACGGAAGGGCGCCCCCGCGCCCUGGAACGCUUCCUUCUCCCGCAGCCGUCGCACGUGAGCCCCGAGCUGCCGGCACUGGCAGCUCACGUGCCUCGCAGCGCCCCACGCGAGUCUCGCUCGUCCCGAGUGGGCGGCGGCGGGGGGCGGGCGGCCCGGGGGGGUGGGGCUGCCGGCGGCGAAGCCCCCCGCGCUGGGCCUGCAGGCGCCGGACAGCGCCACGACGGCAGUGGGCGCGGCUCCUUUAAGGCGGAGGGAUCGGGCCCCUCGUGCGGCCCGCGCGUUUCCCCAGCCCGGGGAGGUCACGUGGCUUCACACGUCCGAUUAGCGCGGAGCUGGAGUUGCGGGGCGAAGUUGGCUGGGUGGGGUCGCGCGCGCGGUGUCCCGGGCGCGAGCGGCUGGGCGUCGCGCCGGCAGACCGCUGCUGUGAGGUGGGUCCCAGGGGCGCGGGCGAGUCCCUGCAGGCUGCGGCGGGGCGGCGCCGGGCGCGGAGAGGCGUGCACGUGGCCUCGGUGUGCCCUUCGCUCCUCAGUCUGGGAGCCGGCGGGGGCGGGGGACCCGGGCUCGGGUCUGUGGGAGCGGGGGCCGGGGAGCAGGCUGGUCAGGAAGGCCUGCGCCCGCCCCGUCACCGGGGUCAGGGACCGAGGAGAGGGCGCUCACCUCCGGCGGUCCCGCUGGCGGUUCUCGCUGGGCUCUUUCUCGCGCGGGGCUCUCUGGGCGGCUCGGCCCCGAGUGUGGCCGCCCUCCCGCAGGGCCCGGGCCAGCCGCCGUCCUGGUGCGCGGCCCAGCGCUGCCCGGGGCCCGGGCGCGCGUGCGGCUCUGGGGCGGCUGGGCCCGCAGGCCGGGGCUCCGGGCGCGGUGCGCUCGGCGGGCGCGCGUCCUCUCGGGAGGCCUCCCUGGGAGGCCGCCCCCGCGCCCUGUCUCGGCGCCCCUCGGCCUGCGUUUUUCCCCGCAACUGUCUCCCUGGCUACCGGCCCGCCUCUCUCCUGCCACCUGAGUCCAGUGCUCUGCGUCACUUGCGGGCACCGGGGGCCAGUGGGUCGGAGCUGGCGUCCUGGAAGGCACAGGUGUACCGCCUGCCUCUCGCCGGCCCCUCAGGAAGAAGAAGCGGGAAGGGUGAAAGACUGCUGGGACAGCCAGGAGGCACCUGCGCUCUCCACAUGUAGCAAUGCCAAUAUCUUUCGAAGGAUAAAUGCCAUUUUGGAUAAUUCUCUGGAUUUAAGUAGAGUCUGCACUACACCCAUAAAUCGAGGAAUUCAUGAUCGUUUGCCAGCAGACUUCCAAGACUCUGAAGAAACAGUUACAAGCAGGAUGCUUUUCCCCACCUCUGCGCAAGAUUCUUCCCGUGGCCUCCCAGAUGCAAAUGACUUGUGCCUUGGCCUGCAGUCCCUCAGUCUCACAGGCUGGGACCGACCCUGGAGCACCCAGGACUCCGAUUCCUCAGCCCAGAGCAGCACACACUCGGUACUGAGCAUGCUUCACAACCCACUGGGCAAUGUCCUGGGGAAACCCCCCUUGAGCUUCCUGCCUCUGGACCCCCUUGGAUCUGACUUGGUGGACAAGUUUCCAGCACCCUCAGUUAGAGGAUCCCGCCUGGACACCCGACCCAUCCUGGACUCCCGGUCUAGCAGCCCCUCGGACUCAGAUACUAGUGGCUUCAGCUCUGGAUCAGAUCAUCUCUCAGAUUUGAUUUCAAGCCUUCGCAUUUCCCCUCCUCUGCCCUUCCUGUCUCUGACAGGGGGUGGCCCCAGAGACCCUUUAAAGAUGGGGGUUGGAUCCCGGAUGGACCAAGAGCAAGCUGCUCUCGCUGCAGUCACUCCCUCCCCAACCAGUGCAUCAAAGAGAUGGCCAGGAGCUUCUGUGUGGCCAUCCUGGGACCUCCUUGAAGCUCCCAAAGACCCCUUCAGCAUAGAGAGAGAGGCCAGGCUGCACCGGCAAGCUGCAGCUGUGAAUGAAGCCACCUGUACCUGGAGUGGCCAGCUUCCUCCCCGGAACUACAAGAACCCCAUCUAUUCUUGCAAGGUGUUCCUAGGAGGUGUUCCUUGGGAUAUUACGGAAGCUGGAUUGGUUAACACCUUCCGUGUUUUUGGCUCUUUGAGUGUGGAAUGGCCUGGUAAGGAUGGCAAGCACCCCCGGUGUCCUCCCAAAGGUAAUAUGCCUAAAGGGUAUGUGUAUCUGGUCUUCGAACUAGAGAAGUCUGUCCGGGCCCUGCUUCAGGCUUGCUCCCAUGACCCGCUAAGCCCAGAUGGCCUGAGUGAAUAUUAUUUCAAGAUGUCCAGCCGAAGGAUGCGCUGCAAGGAGGUGCAAGUGAUCCCCUGGGUCUUGGCCGACAGCAACUUUGUCCGGAGCCCAUCUCAGAGACUUGACCCCAGCAGGACAGUGUUUGUUGGUGCUCUGCAUGGGAUGCUCAAUGCCGAGGCCCUGGCAGCCAUUUUGAAUGACCUAUUUGGUGGAGUGGUGUAUGCUGGGAUUGACACAGAUAAGCACAAAUAUCCCAUUGGGUCUGGUCGCGUGACUUUCAAUAACCAACGUAGUUACCUGAAAGCAGUCAGUGCUGCUUUUGUGGAGAUCAAAACCACCAAGUUCACCAAGAAGGUUCAGAUUGACCCCUACCUAGAAGAUUCUCUGUGUCAUAUCUGCAGUUCUCAGCCUGGUCCUUUCUUCUGUCGAGAUCAGGUGUGCUUCAAGUACUUCUGCAGGAGCUGUUGGCACUGGCGGCACAGCAUGGAAGGCCUGCGCCACCACAGCCCCCUGAUGCGGAACCAGAAGAACCGAGAUUCCAGCUAGAGGAGCUGGUCUUGCCCAGUGGCCUGUGGCGCCCAAGGCUGGCAGGUCAGGCAGCAGCCUGCACCACCCUGCCACUGGCGACCAGGGAGCUGGCUUCCCGAGGACAAGGGAAAAUCGUAGUCACCUUUGCACUUGCUGAAUCUGUCUUUGUUUCUGCACUAAUUAAUGCACAAUGAGUUUUGUCGGGUUUUGUUUUCAGGGGGUGUGCCAGGGCAAAGAUCCUCUGGCUCCCCUCCCAGCGACUCUGUAGUUUUCCCAGAUUUUAGUUCCUCAUUUUGCCGAUGAAAAGCAAAAAAGAACUACGUGUCCAGAAGGUAUUGACACGAUGCCUACAUCUAGGUUUAUUUAUUAAAAGCGCUUUUUUACAUUCCUUGCAAUACUGAUGGUGAUGAUGCGCAGGUCUCAUUGGUUUCAUUCUUGCAGUUGCCAUACAGUGCCUUUCCAUUUAUUUAACCCCCACCUGAACGGCAUAAACUGAGUGUUCAGCUGGUGUUUUUUACUGUAAACAACAAGGAGACUUUGCUCUUCAUUUAAACCAAAAUCAUAUUUCAUAUUUUACGCUCGAGGGUUUUUACCGGUUCCUUUUUACACUCCUUAAAACAGUUUUUAAGUCGUUUGGAACAAGAGAUUUUUUUUCUUUCCUGGCAGCUUUUAACAUUAUAGCAAAUUUGUGUCUGGGGGACUGCUGGUCACUGUUUCUCACAGUUGCGAAUCAAGGCAUUUGCAACCAAGAAAAAAAAUUUUUUUUGGAUUUGAAACUGGACCGGAUAAACGGCGUUUGAGCGGCUGCUGUAUAUAGUUUUAAAUGGUUUAUUGCACCUUCUUAAGUUGCACUUAUGUGGGGGGGAGGGUUGAUAGAAGUUUUUAAUCACAAAGUCACAGGACUUUUUUCUUUUGUAACUGAGCUAAUAAAAGGGCUGCUUUUCGGUGGGGGCAGAUGAAGGCUCACAGGAGCCCUUUCUCUUAGAGGGGACAAGUACCCUUCCCUUAUUUCUUUCAUUUGAGAAAUGUAUGAAGCAACAGUUGCAGUCGACUGAAAUGCUACUGGAAUUUGAAAACUUGACUUUUUCUUUCUUUCUUUCUUUUUUUUUUUUUUUAAAAAAAAAACCUACUUGCCCCUCUUUGGGAAGCUGUGUGCCAAAGAACCAGUGUCAUAACCCCCCCCCUCCUCCCUCCUGCUGAGCUGACGUUGCAUUGUUGCAUAUCCCAGCUACUCUGUGGGUUUUGUGAAGCUGUGUGUGAAGUCUCUACCUCAUUGUAGUAUAUGCAGGCAAGACUGCACUCUCCUACAGAUGUGUGGAGUAAGCUGUGGUGUAGUUUUUUUGGCACAUAAUAAACACGUUGCAGCAGAAUUCUGAUUUCGUCUCUGUGUCGGAGGUGUGGGAGCAAGGGGGCCCUGGAGGUAGUAAGACUGCAGAGGAAAAACAUGUUUCCUUGGAUUUUCUGUGGUGGGAUUCCAGCCCAGGUUGAUGGUGGGGCCACGUGGGAGACCUGCCCCUGUAAGUAUUUCUUGGUCACUUCUGUGGUCAAAUGCACCUUCAAGAUGUCUCUCUGGCGGAUGGGUACCACUAGUCCAAGUGUGGAAACCUUUGCACCUAAGCUUCUGGGGCUCCUCCUCUCAUAGCCGCAGACCCAGCUUGGAGAACUGGAGGCGCGGCUGCUCCCGUAAGCCUCAGGCCGGGUUCUUCGGAGGCUUCCCAUGCUCUAUGCUGCGCCGGGUGCUUUCUGAGAGACAGUAGUUUACUUCACUGUUCUUCAGAGCCCUAUUAUCUGGACUCUUUCUCCCGGACUCCCACGAUUUGUGAGAGGGUCUGCUGAUGAUUUUUCCAGGUGGGCUGUGCCUGGGCCCAGCUGCCGCCCUGAUCCUCUGGAAGAUUCCAUCUUAGCCUGAGCUGGAGGGAACCUUGUGUACUGAAGCAUCCCUUCUGUGAGAGGGCCGGGAACCCACUCCUGUCGGGGAUGAAGGAGGGGCCGCCGCCUCCACUUGAGGCCUGCCCGGCAGCAGCUCCGUUUGGAGUUUGCUGAUGAAGAGGAGCCUGAAGACCGCGGCUGGCGCGCGUGCCCUCAGCCGUUGGGAGCAGCAGGUGGAGGAGGCGCUGCGCUUCAGGUCUGAGGUUCCAGGAGCGGGGACAGCUCCGCUAGGAUGGCCCUUCCUCCCGGGCUGAGGACGCUGACACAUCGCUGGGCCGCGUCCGCACCAAGACCGUGAAGAAGGCGGCCCGGGUCAUCAUCGAGAAGUACUACACGCGCCUGGGCAACGACUUCCACACCAACAAGCGCGUGUGCGAGGAGAUCGCCAUCAUCCCCAGCAAGAAGCUCCGCAACAAGAUCGCGGGCUAUGUCACCCACCUGAUGAAGCGCAUCCAGCGCGGCCCCGUGAGAGGCAUCUCUAUCAAGCUGCAGGAGGAGGAGCGCGAGCGGAGGGACAACUACGUGCCUGAGGUGUCAGCGCUGGAUCAGGAGAUCAUUGAAGUGGAUCCUGACACUAAGGAGAUGCUGAAACUCUUGGACUUCGGCAGUCUCUCCAACCUGCAGGUCACUCAGCCCACAGUUGGGAUGAAUUU